GACAGGCAGCCACAGCCAGCACCAGUCGCCAGCUGAGAGGACCUGAGAGCAAGGACAUACAAGAAGAGAGAAAGAGGGAUACAAGUCUCUUGCGGUCACCGCCUAACUUAAGAAAACCACAACAAGAAAGGAACAUACUUCUGUGAUUAUCUAACUAAGAACAAAGUGUAUUUGUAGCAAGUGCUACGAAGUAAGAAGCCGAACAGUUCUGCAAGACCCAACAGCUCAAGAUGGAGGCCAUGAGGGUAGUGACGUCACUACUCAUGCUGACCGUGACGGGGCCCAGCCUAGCCUACCCCUAUACCCGAGGGACCGCCGGGAGGAGCAGCGGGUGGGGACGUGAUGCAGGUCUCGUCGACUACCUUGGAGGGUACCCGAUGGACGACCAAUACGCUGUGCCUGAGUACGAUCCCACCACCCGCUACACCUACGCGGCCCAGCGACCCAGAAUAAACAAGGAGGCUGUGGCGGCGUGGCUCACUGCUGCUUUCGACGACAUCCUCGAUUACGACACGUACAGUGACGAUGACGGCAUCUGGUACAACGAAAUGGCCACCGAUGACGUGCUGGAGCCAAACCCCAACGACGACUCCCCCAUGAUGCAGCUGUUCUUCAAUAACCAGCACAGCCAGCACUCCGGCAGUUCUGCCCCGUACAGAUACUCACUGGAGGACCUGGAGAACAUGGAGCGCAAGGCCAAGAUGGAGGACAACACAGAGAACCAGCUACACGCUCUCAUGGGCAAGACGAUUAGGAAGAAGUCCACCAUGCCAGUGCUCGGCGGCCGCAUGUCUGUGGCGGGAAGCAUCCUGGGCCAGGGACAGAAGGAGGAAGCAUAUGACAUCCCCGCCACCUCUGUCAGACGACCUGUCUUCGCACGCACCAUCACUACUCAACCCGAAGACGAUAAGAGAGAAGCCAACAAGAAGCAACAGAAGCAGGUACAGGUUGACACAAGCGUGAGGACUACACAGAAGCCCGAGGAGAAGAAGACGUCAAUCAGCAAAGCUCCCAGUGGCACCAACAACAACGAGGUGACGAGCAGCGACGCAACGCCCUCCCCCAAGAGCAGCGUGCAGUCUGCGACGACCUCACAGUACCUGAGAAGCCACUACGAGACGCUCAAGAAGUUCCUGGACCGCGAGCGUGAGGCGCGAAGGAACCAAGAUAUGGAGGAAGAGCUGAGGAGUGAAAGGAUGCAGAGGAGGGGCGGCGUGCAGAAGCGGUACGCGGCGGAAGAGGAGACACUGCCGGAACAACUGGCCAGCCUCAAGAAGAAAGUCUAAAAUGCAAACCGGGGAACGACCUGCAUGUGUCCAUCACGUCCACGAGGAUGACAAGCACCACUGACCCGACUGCUUAGGGGGAACCGUGUGAUCACUUCUCACCGCCACACCCAGAACCCUUAGCCAAGCCAGACAGGACAGUGCCAAGCAAGGGAAGCGGAAAUGCCGGAGAAAAAAAAAAAAAAAAAAAGCAAAAGACGAACAUAUAUAUGAGACACAAAUAGCGCCCCCAGUAAAGGACAGCGAAUAGACAAGACCUACAAUUACAGUUCCUUAACUCGAAAUGCUCGACAAUAGUAGGCUGAGGGAAGUUUUGCUCGUUAGAGACGACGAUUCAGACUCCCACAGAAAGCGCCUCUCCGAACUGGGGAGCAUCAAUGUCAACGGCUUGCUAUUGUCCGCUGAAUGAGGCUUUUUCAUUAUGCUUCUUGGAACACAAAGGAACGAGUUCUUAAUUUUCACGGGAAUUUCAUAGUCAGAGUAAAGGUCGGUCUCGGAGGUUCAGCGGGGCCAGAGACGGGGAAGCACUGGCAACUUAAGGGCUAGUAUACCGGGUAGCUGGUCUUGCUUCAUACCGGUUGUUUUCCUACAUAUGCAAUUACUUUCCAGCUCUUAUCAAUCUGGCUGUUACUGACUCUCCCAGUAGGCAUUCCCUAUUCUCAUUGAUUUAGUUCUAAAAGCUGAGUUCAGUCCCGCGCCUUUGAUAUGAAAGCAGUAAGAAGCGCUGAGGCGUCACCACACUGCUGGCUGAGAGCUGCACACAGCUCGGCCUCGCGCGGGCCGCCCACUCACCACCACCAGGCCGCCACUCACUACACAAGCACUACCACCGUCUCCUUAUCACGGCUUUAAUCCACGUUUGGAUGACAAGCUGAAGCUGACGUUUUCUGGAGUUAGUGUGUUCUUGUGUAAGUUCAGGCACAUGAAAUUCUAGCUUAUGUGACAAACGACUCACGUUUCGUAGUUUUUUUAAAGUUACAUUCAUUAGACGGGAGGUACAUGAAAAUUUAAGUACAGAAUAAUAUUUUUCAUCCAUUGUUCACUUAUUCCAAAACUACCUCUGUGCCAGGGUUGUUACCUAAUGUGUUGUUUGGUUCAUAUCCAGAAAGACCAGUUUGUUAAACAACCGUGUUUGGUAAGACUGUAAUUCACAAUGUGCUACAAUUUGUACCUGUUUGUAUGAGUUACUUCUUACAAUAUGAUUUCGAACACUCAGAAAAAAAAUAAGGUCUUAGGAUUUUUUGGCCCAUCUUUUUUAAAGGGCACAUCACGCACUUUUGCCAAGUUUUUUUUUUUUUUCUGGUGUUGUGUAUUCUUGCCUAAAGGAGUUGACGGCAGGUGUGUGGAGUGAGGCGAGGAGAGUGGCUGACGGCCCUCACGACGGAUGGCACCCCUCUCACUCGCCUCGCCACCACCAAUGGCUUUUCAAGCUUUGAACUCACUCUGGGGUGAGGUUCAACCUGUAAUAAUAUGUCGGGUUUUUCGAGAUGCCAAAUAGUCAUACUCAAUGUAUUAUGAAAUCCUUCUUCCAAGGAUAUUUAACUUGUACAUUGUAUGUACCAUAUCACCUCAAAAAUCAAAUGAAUUAUUUUUGUAUUAUAACAAUAAGAGCACUACCAAACUGUUAAAAUUGUAGAUCAAUAGCGUGACCCGCCAGUGUGCACGGCGGGCGACCAUUGGACCCUUCUUCAGAUCAGAGGUCCUCAUGCCUUCAGGCAAGGAACUCAUUUCUUGAUAUGUGAUACGUACUUUCUCUCUGAUCUUUCUUAAUAAACUUUAAUCUUUUACUAUGUAGCAUAUUAUUAUACGAGCCACAAACACGAAGCGGCUCCUUCCUCCUGGGUGCCGACCAGCAUUACGCACUCUGCAAUGUAAUAAUAGUGUACAUCUUAAUACUAUACGUACUAGUAUGGGACUUAACCUUCUGCCACAUAUUCUUUGUCUUUCGUACUGAUUUUCAAUAAAAUGUUUUAAUAUUCA